UGCGCCAAGCGGGGUGAGACGGCGGCUCGGCGGGGUCAUCCAAACGCAGGCGCAGUGCGGUGUUUGUCUGCCGGACUGACGGACGGCCGGGCGGUGCGCGGCGGCGGCGGCGGCGGCGGCGGCGGCGGCGGGGAAGAUGGCGGCGUCCUCCCUGGAGCAGAAGCUGUCCCGCCUGGAAGCAAAGCUGAAGCAGGAGAACCGCGAGGCCCGGCGGAGGAUCGAUCUCAACCUAGAUAUCAGCCCCCAGCGGCCCAGGCCCACCCUGCAGCUCCCGCUGGCCAAUGAUGGGGGCAGCCGCUCGCCAUCCUCCGAAAGUUCCCCGCAGCACCCCACGCCCCCUGCCCGGCCCCGGCACAUGCUGGGGCUUCCGUCCACCAUGUUCACACCGCGCAGCAUGGAGAGCAUCGAGAUUGACCAGAAGCUGCAGGAGAUCAUGAAGCAGACAGGCUACCUGACCAUCGGGGGCCAGCGCUACCAGGCAGAGAUCAAUGAUCUGGAGAACCUGGGGGAAAUGGGCAGCGGCACGUGCGGCCAGGUGUGGAAGAUGCGCUUCCGGAAGACAGGCCACGUCAUCGCCGUCAAGCAAAUGCGGCGCUCUGGGAACAAGGAGGAGAACAAGCGGAUCCUCAUGGACCUGGACGUGGUGCUUAAGAGCCACGACUGCCCCUACAUCGUGCAGUGCUUCGGGACCUUCAUCACCAACACCGACGUCUUCAUCGCCAUGGAGCUCAUGGGCACGUGCGCAGAAAAGCUCAAGAAGCGGGUGGAGGGUCCCAUCCCGGAGCGCAUCCUGGGCAAGAUGACGGUGGCGAUCGUGAAGGCGCUCUUCUACCUGAAGGAGAAGCAUGGCGUGAUUCACCGGGACGUCAAGCCCUCCAACAUCCUGCUGGACGAGCGGGGCCAGAUCAAACUCUGUGACUUCGGUAUCAGCGGCCGCCUGGUGGACUCCAAGGCCAAAACGCGGAGCGCAGGCUGUGCUGCCUACAUGGCACCGGAGCGCAUCGACCCCCCGGAUCCCACCAAACCAGACUACGACAUCCGGGCAGAUGUGUGGAGCCUGGGCAUCUCCUUGGUGGAACUGGCCACGGGCCAGUUUCCCUACCAGAACUGCAAGACGGACUUCGAGGUCCUCACCAAAGUCCUGCAGGAAGAGCCCCCACUCCUGCCCGGCCACAUGGGUUUCUCGGGGGACUUUCAGUCCUUCGUCAAAGACUGCCUUACUAAAGAUCACAGGAAGAGACCAAAGUAUAAUAAGCUACUUGAACACAGCUUCAUCAAGCGCUACGAGACGCUGGAGGUGGACGUGGCUUCCUGGUUCAAGGAUGUCAUGGCGAAGACUGAGUCGCCGCGGACUAGUGGAGUCCUGAGCCAACACCAUCUGCCCUUCUUCAGGUAGCCGCGUGGCGAUGGCCAGCCCUACUGGGGGCCGGGGGCGUGGCCGCAGGCCACCCCUUUCCCACCUGGUCACCUAGCUGCCCGCCAGGGGAGACCUGGGACCCAGAUGGCCACCGAGGGCUGAGGACAGGAAGUAGGGGUGCCGACCCACCCCUGACUCCUUGCCUGGUGGCCGUGGACAGAUGUGCCCACCAGGCCCCAGCCCUUCCUGUCCUGGGGUCAGCUGGCCGUGCGAGUCCCCAACAGACACUGUGAACGGAAGACAGCAGGCCGCGACAGACUCGCUAUUUAUUCAGUCAUAACCUCUGGGCUGGGGCGGCCCCCAGGGUUGGGGAGAGCCCCCACCCCACACCCUCCUCACUGGCAGUGUGCUGCCACCCACCCCCUGCUGUGCACAUGCUCCACCUCAUCUCCUCCUGUCACCCCCUCUCUACCUCUCUGGCUUUCCCCGGCUCCCUCCCCACCUCGCCUCUACCCUGGCCCAUGCCAGGCUCCACGGGGGACUCCUGGGUCCCCUUGGAUCUCUGGUGACAGUCACCAUCGGCUGGCAUCCUUGCCCCAGGAAGGUGGGCUGGGCCUUGUAACUGCAGCCAGACCUGGGCUGGUUGGUGUCCCUCUUUCUCUUUGAUCUCAGGGGGUCCUUUUUGGAGUUUAUUGUAUUUUAUUGUACUGGGUGGGGUGUUUGGGGUGGGUUGGGGGAGAAGAGCUGUUUUCAUGGGGUUUGUCAGUACCUUCAGAAACUCUUACCAAAGUCAUGUUUAGCUGCUUGUGGGGGUCCCCUGCCCACCUGCCUGGGGCACAUGGGGCUGGGGCCUGGGCCACUGUGCCUUGAAGGCCCAGCCGGGUAGAGGGGUGUCCCAGAGGUGGGCUGUGGGGGCUCCUUUUCCCUUAGGGCUGGAGACUGGCCACAGCUGGGGUGGGGGGUGAGUUGAGGACCUCAGGGUACAGAGGGAGCCAGGGGCCGUGGCCACCCAGGGUGGCCUUCAGGAAAGGCGGGUGUGGGUGUGGUGGAGGGCAGCAGACGCAGGUGCGGCAGGGAGGUGGUGGGGGAGUUGAAGGCGGGAGUGGGCCGAGAGGCCUGGGCAGGCGGGGAGCAAGGGUAUGAGGAGGGGUGUAGGGGUCCGAGGACGUGUGAUGGGAACAGAGGUGGGCGGGCUGAGGGCUAGGGGUGUGCCGGGAGGCUCGCCCUCACGAUAGUCCUGAGUGCCUCCUGACUCGCCCAGAGCUGGCCAGUCCACAGGCCCCGGGGCCGCCAGCAGCUGCAGCGGGAGGGGGGUUUCCUUUUGGUUGGUGAUGCAUGCAAAUCACGUGGUCAACAAAAUAACAAAAACAAAAACAAAAACAAAAAAGCCCCACAAAACCAACACCAAAGGUGAGGAAGCUCGCUGAAUGUAGCUGAAGCAGUCUAGACUUAGGCGCCACUGUAUGCUAUCUAUCCUAUGGACCUGUUACUCUUGAACUCACAAGAAGCCGCAUGUUUAAAGAGUACCCCCAGCCAGCCUCUCUGUCCCUCCCCAGCCUCGGGAAGGGACAGCCACCUUCUCUUGCCCCAAGUCUCCUUUGUGAGGGGAUGGGGAUGGGGGCACAGUGGGGGGCCAACAGGUCUGGCCUCCCGGCCCUCCCUUGCCAGGCCCAGCCAUGGGGGCCUGAGCGGGCGGCCUGAAGGUCCCAUGGCUGGUCCCAGGGCUAGUGCAGGCCCGAGGCCAGCUGCCUGGGUCUAUUUUUUUAUUUAACUAGUUUCUGUUUGGUGUGUGUGUGUGUCUGCCCGCCCCACCCCCCUUCAGUGUUAAAUGGGAGGCCUGGGGGAGCCUUCCCCCCCAUGUCCUUCCCCUCCGUCACCAGCCACCAGCCAUCCCUGUCUCCACCAGGCAGUGGGCGGAGUGGGCAGGCAGGUAGGGGAGCUGGGCCUGGCCCCGCCCGCUGGCCCUCAGCCCCUUCUCAGGCCACCAGUAUCGCCUGGUCCCUUUUAAAAACAAAACACCCACGUUUAUAAAUCCUUAGAUGCUUGAGAAUAAAACCCCUCCCUUUUCUUCCUCU